AUGAAAUAUCUUCUUUUAUCUACCCUAGUGAUGUUGUCAUAUUAAUGGUGGGAUGUCGGUCAUAUGAUGACAGCUUAAAUAGCAAAAAAUCAUCUCAGAGAAAAUCGACCUGAUGUUUUGGCUUGGGCUGAUUCAUUAAUCCAAGACUUAAACCCACUUACAGAUGGAAAAUCUAACACCUUUGCCGAGGCUGCAGUGUGGCUAGAUGAUAUCAAAGAAACUGGAACCAAUUUCAUGAAUGAUUGGCAUUACACAAAUCGUCCAAUGAAUCCAGACGGUCUCUAAAUCAAGAUAGAAGAUCAAGCCAGAAACAUUAAUUCCAUCUAUGCCAUCAAUUCAGCUACCUCAGUAUUAACCAGCACCAAAACUGCCAAAUUCAGACACACAGUUUUCAAGGCUGAAAUGAUUAGAGUAUUGUUGCAUGUUAUUGGUGAUCUUCAUUAACCACUUCAUGAUACUGCCUUUUGGAAUGUCACCUAUCCAAAUGGAGACUAAGGAGGAAAUCUCAUGAAAUUACAAAUUGAAAAUGGUACCUUUGUUAAUUUACAUUCAUUUUGGGAUGCAGGUGCAUUUGCCUUCGUUUCCAAUUCCACCUUUCUAUCUCGACCCUUAUCCUAAAAAGAUUAAGAGUAUCUGGACAAUUGGGCGAAGAACUUAAUCCGUUCAUACCCCUACUCCAAUUAUAAAGAUUACGAUAUGACUAAUCCAUCAGUUUGGACUUAUGUUGGUUAUAGGUAGGCUUUACAGUUUGUUUAUCCAAUGAUUUAGUCUUCUAACAACUUUAAUAACAACUACGUUGAGUAAGCAAAAUAGUUCUGCGAGAGCAACAUUGCUGUCGGUGGUUAUAGAUUAGCGAAUAAAUUGAUUGAAAUCUUUGAUAUAAUACUAUUGAAUGAGUCCAUGGUCAAAUUUGAUCAAUGAUAAUAAUGUUAAUUUAAUGAUUCUCAACCUACUUAUUUUAUAACUCAUUUUUUAUUAAA